AUGUCAAAAUCUAAUUUACAAACUAUUAACGGAAGUUCAAAAUCAGAAAUUAUUAGACUAAACAUUUCGGAAAUCACAACAUUACAUCAGGAACAACGAACGGAAAGAAAUGUUAACAAUGAAACUGAAACAUACAGUCCAUCAGUUUCAUCAUUUGAUGAAAAUUUCAAUUGCGAUGAAAUGUUUAUUACUGCUGCUAGCAUCGAUGAUACACAUAUUGCUACUAAUUCAGCAUUUUCAAUUUCUAAUGAUAAUAAUUCAAACUACGAUCAGUUUGUUUCAAGCAUUCCAGCACGUAGCAUUUCACGUGUUAUCGAUGAGAAAAUACGUCAACGAAUUAAAAAUGUAUGUUUUGCACUUUUCUUUUCCUAA